AUGCGCAAGCGUCGCGCGGAGCGCAGCAAGGCGCUGCCGCGAGAGCUGCUCGCAGCGGGGCUGCGCGGCCGCGGGUGUGUUCUUGGGGGUCCUGCUGAACCCAGCCCUGCCGUGGCUGCAGGGCGUCAGCCUCGGCCUGCUGCAGCUCGCCCUGGCGAUCGCCGCCCUCUGGGACCCCGACUGGAACUGGUGCCCAAUGCGGGAUCCUCCCUGGUGGGAUGCGCGUGCGCGGCGGCCACGCUGAGGGCGGUCUGCGCCAGAAGCCCCUUCGACGCGGUCUUCGAGGUCCGCCCUGGCGGCCCGCGCGUGCACUGCGUGUGGAUGCCCGUGGUGCUCAUGUCGGGCGCCGGAGAGCACGCGCACCACCCGCUCGCCUGGGCGGCGCUCAUGGCGUCGUUGGGCGCCUGGACCGCCGAGAUCUCGGCCGUGGCGCUGUACACCAACGGCGCGGAGCUCCGCGCCUACCAGCGGAGGUGGCGCGCGCAGUGGGGCCAGACGCGGAUCGUCGGGGCGCCCGUGGAGGGCACGCCGCGCGCUGCGGCGCCCGCGGAGGGAACCACGGCGGGCGGCGCGGCGGCGGCCUGA